AUUUGCAUGCGGCGGGGCGGGGCGCCCGGCGGAGCGGCGGCGGAGAAGUUGAGCCCGAGCCGCCGCGAGUGUCCCGCCGAGCGCCCCGCCGCCGCGGGCAGAAGAUGGCCGGGCGCGGCCCCCCCGCGGCAUGGAGGUAGCUGCCCGCACCGCUCCCACCCGCCCUGCUGCUCGGCCGCCCGGGGGGCAGGCGGCUCCGGCUCGCUAGGGAUCUGCUCCAGCCUCACCUUGUCGCGCUGCCGGCGGUUGGCUCGCCCGCCUUUCCUAUGGCUGGGAUAUACAGCUCUACUCUGAAGACCCUGGAGGAUCUGACUCUGGACUCUGGUUAUGGGGCAGGGGAUUCCUGCAGGUCCCUUAGUCUCUCCUCGUCCAAGUCCAACUCCCAAGCCUUCACCUCUUCUCAGCACCGAGGCAACUGGUGGUACUACUCGGGCUCCAUGAACAGUAGGAAUAACAGCUGGGAUACAGUGAACACGGUUCUGCCGGAGGACCCGGAGGUUGCAGAUAUCUUUUCUAAGUGUCCUAAGCUGCCGGAUCUAGAGGAGUACCCCUGGACCGAUGAAGACAUCGGAAAAAUACUCCGAAAAGCAAAGGGAGAUGGAAAGAGCAGGCCCUUUUCUCAGGAAGCUGUCAGGCGGCUCUCCCAGUUACUGAGGCGCGCCCUGAUCCGCAUCGCCCGGGAAGCUCAGCGCCUCAGUGUGAUGCACUCCAAGUGCACCAGGUUCGAGGUGCAGAGUGCCAUCAAGCUCAUCCAGAGCUGGUCGCUGUCGGAAAGCUGCGUUCUGGCCACGGUCAAGGCUCUCUCCCUCUACAGCAUGAGUGCUGGAGAUGGACUGAGGAAGGGCAAAUCGGCUAGAUGUGGCCUCACCCUCUCUGUGGGGAGGUUCUUCAGGUGGAUGGUGGACACUAGGAUCUCGGUCAGGAUUCACGAAUACGCAGCCAUCUCUUUAACCGCUUGCAUGGAAAACCUUGUGGAAGAGAUUAAGGCUAGAGUUUUGGCAAGUCAGAGCCCUGAUGGAGGAGGGGAGAUCUCAGCUGAAAUCCUGGAGAUGGUUAUCAACAAUGAUGCUGAACUUUGGGGAGUGCUGCAACCCUACGAGCAUCUCAUCUGUGGGAAAAAUGCUAAUGGUGUGCUGUCUCUGCCUGCCUACUUCAGCCCGUACAAUGACGGCUCUGUGUGCAGCGAUGGACGGGCUGAUGCUUACGCCCAGCUGGAGCUCCGAACUUUAGAGCAGUCUCUGCUGGCAACUUGCGUUGGAAGCAUCUCUGAACUGAGUGAUUUGGUAUCACGAGCAAUGCACCACAUGCAGUGCUUGAACACCAUCCGCCCAGGCAUGAGCCCCAUUCGGCAAACGCGGCAGCAGCAACCCAUCUCCUGGUCCCCUGAUGCUCUCCAUACCCUCUACUACUUCCUACGCUGUCCUCAGAUGGAGUCCAUGGAGAACCCCAACCUUGAUCCUCCAAGAAUGACCCUGAACAAUGAACGCCCCUUCAUGCUUCUGCCACCGCUGAUGGAGUGGAUGCGAGUAGCUAUCACCUACGCUGAGCACCGGCGCAGUCUAACAGUGGACAGUGACGACAUCAGGCAGACAGCCAGACUGCUCCUACCUGGGCUGGACUGCGAGCCCCGGCAGCUAAAACCUGAAUGCUGCUUUAGUUCCUUCCGGAGACUGGAUGCUAAGGCUGCUACCGAAAAAUUCCAGCAGGAUCUGGGUUUCCGAAUGUUAAACUGCGGAAGGACAGAUCUGAUCAAUCAAGCAAUAGAUGCACUAGGACCCGAUGGAGUUAACACCAUGGAUGAUCAGGGUAUGACCCCACUAAUGUACGCCUGUGCUGCUGGAGAUGAAGCUAUGGUCCAAAUGCUUAUAGAUGCCGGAGCAAAUUUAGAUAUCCCAGUUCCCAGCACCUCUCCACGCUACCCUUCGGUCCAUCCUGACAGCCGGCACUGGACUGCUCUCACCUUUGCUGUAUUACAUGGGCACAUAUCUGUUGUGCAGCUGCUCUUGGAUGCUGGUGCCCAUGUUGAGGGCUCUGCUGUUAACAGUGGAGAAGACAACUAUGCUGAGACCCCGCUCCAACUGGCUUCAGCAGCAGGGAACUACGAGUUGGUCAGCUUAUUACUAAGCAGGGGUGCUGAUCCCCUCCUGAGCAUGCUGGAAGUCAACAGUAUGUCUUCAUCACUUCACGAAGAUAUGAAUUGUUUCAGUCAUUCAGCUGCGCAUGGGCACAGGAACGUUCUGCGCAAGCUCCUGACCCAGCCCCAGCAACUGAAGGGAGAUGUCCUCUCACUGGAGGAGAUUUUAGCUGAGGGAGUGGAGAGUGACACCUCCAGCCAGGGCAGCUCCAACGAGGGACAAGUCAGGCUAUGCAAAACCAGAAUGAAGGCCCUGCAGGAGGCCAUGUACUACAGUGCUGAGCACGGCUACGUAGACAUCACCAUGGAGCUCAGGGCGCUUGGAGUCCCAUGGAAGCUCCACGUGUGGAUCGAGUCCCUACGGACAACCUUCUACCAGUCUCGCUACUCUGUUGUACAGACCCUCUUACGGGAAUUUGUCACCAUUAAAGAAGAAGACUACAAUGAAGAACUGGUUAAUGAAGGGUUGCAGCUCAUGUUUGAUAUCCUCAAAACCAGCAAAAACGAUUCCAUCAAUCAGCAGCUUGCGUCCAUCUUCACCCAUUGCUAUGGUAGCAGUCCUAUACCCAGUAUUCCUGAAAUCCGAAAGACACUGCCAGCUCGCCUUGAUCCUCACUUUCUCAACAAUAAAGAAAUGUCUGAUGUAACUUUCUUAGUAGAAGGAAAGCUGUUUUAUGCACACAAAGUCCUGCUGGUUACCGCAUCUAACAGGUUUAAGACCCUAAUGACCAAUAAAACGGAACAUGACAGCCAUGGUAGCAAGACUGUUGAAAUUAGCGAUAUGAAAUACAACAUUUUCAAGAUGCUGAUGCAGUAUUUAUACUAUGGAGGAACAGAAUCUAUGGAAAUUCCCACCACUGAUAUCUUAGAGCUGCUGUCGGCUGCCAGCCUGUUUCAACUGGAUGGCCUCCAGAGACACUGUGAAAUCCUCUGUGCCCAGACGAUCAGCAUGGAGAACUCUGUUAACAUCUAUAAAUAUGCAAAGAUUCACAACGCACCUGAGCUAGCCUCUUUUUGUGAAGGCUUCUUCCUCAAACACAUGAGCUCUCUUCUAGAACAGGACUCAUUCAAACAGCUGAUCUACAGCAGGAACAGCAAAGUGCAAGGCUUGGACCCUUUGCGGGACUUGCAGACAGCCCUGGCUGGCCGCCUGCACUCAGUGUACGUCACCUCGAGGGUGUGAGGCAAGAACAAGGCAGUGGCAGAAGCAUUGGUUCAAACCACACUGGGGUGCACCAUCAGGCAAAGCCGUGGCUUUCCUGUUUGCCUUCUGGAGUCAUCAGUUCUUGCUGGAAGUCCCCUACAACAGAUAUCCCGCCGGCAAGGGUACUGCACCUCGUCCCACUGACGGUGGGGAGCUGGCUUCUCUGUGCUACUACUGUCGGAGAAACACUGUCACAGUGUGAACAAGAACGGAGGAUGCAAGCGAAGACCCGAACCGAAGAGAUCAACACUGCCAUUCACACAAAGCACAACGUGGGGCUGUAGAGAAGUGAGGCAAUUUACCUAGAGCUAACACCUAAUAUGUAGUCUUAAGUGUCUGUCUGCACACCAUAAUGGCCACCUAGUUCAUACGCGUAGAUGUUUUACUUGUAAAAAGGCUGCAUAGAAGGAGUGUGCUGAUCCUAUGGACCACUGCCCAUUCAACAUGUCAUCCGUCUGAACACAGAAGCUGGUGUACACAGACUACUUCACUGCAGUAAUAAACACCAGUUUCCACUCAUGGCAAGAGACUCCAGCAUAAAUUUUCCCCUAAACUGUUUGCACCUUGAGAGAGAGAUCUUGUAGAUGUAUGAGGCUGCGUAGAAACUAAUACUAACUCUGGAAUUACUCACUCUUUAUGCCUAGUAUGAAGAACUGAGCUGGGGCAGGGUGGGGAAAAAACUUUAUUUUUUUUUAAUAUGGUUUCACUGUGCUAGUUGUUUUAUCUGGAUCCACUUUGAGGAAAGAAAAAUACUGCCUACCCUUUCACUAUAAAGGUUUGAUAGUCCAAGUCACUUUUACCUUAAAAAAAAAAAAAGAAAAAAAGAUUGUGAACAUUAUCUGUGAGACCUGACAUCUUAAGAGAUGCUUGCUAAAAGACUCAGGUGUAGUAGGAGCUAUCGCUAUGCUGAAAAACUGUCCAAUCGCAUAAAAAGCAAUAAAAGUCUCCCUAAGACCAUGAUAAACAUACCAGCUUGCUACUUUGUUCGCUCUGGAGCUAGUUGGGAGCACAAGCCCUGACCUCUAGUCUCUCUCCAUGCAGUGAUGUUUCUACAGAUAGACUACCUCGGGGGAGACUGUGCAUACAGCCACCUGCUGCCUAGAGGUAGGCUGCAGCACCAAAACAAGAUGCCUCAACUUGAACACUCAAGAUUCACAUUGUUCCUUUGCUCGCAGCAGACAUGUUUCUGCUCAAUAAGGACUCUUUCUAGGCCUUCUCCUAGCUGACUUAGAGAACUAAAAGCAGACAGUUCAAGAUACAGUUUUGUCUGAGGCAACUUAUUUUUUUUUCCUUUUCUUAAAAAACCCCAACCUUAGGAAGCUAGUUAGUUUAUACAUUUACCACACACCUUGCUCUCACUGAUAGCUUUAAAAACAGUCAGCCAUUCCCAUCAAUCUUUGUAAGCACCCCCCCCAAAAGCAUGUGCUGAAAUGCCUUCAUUGGUUACACAUGGGUAAAGGAGAAGAGGAAGCAAGUUUUCACUUAGGAAACUACUGCUUCUUAGGAAUUCAACCAUUGGUAUUGUAACUAAACACACUGGAAGAAGUAGGCUCAGCUGGGCACAAUCUUCAAGGCAAGGCAUAGAGCUGGUUUAAGUAGAUGAAGGGAAGAAAAAUGAACUACAGAGUCCCCCAACAAAGUCAUCAAAACGUGACAUCGCUGCUUUGCGUCAGAGGCAAACUGCAUGCAAAGCAAAGAAUGACUCCUCUAGGAUCAGUAAUCUGACAGACACGUUGGUCAGAGCACACUCCAAUGUGUGUUUUAGGUACGUAUCCACUUUUGAAGAUCACCAGCUUCAAUAACCCUAUUUAUUAUCAGAAAGCCAUAGAGAUGUUUCAGGAUUAUCACUGGUCUGCCUGAGAAAUACCACAAAAGGCUCUAUUAUCUUGGAAGGUAUUUUCAAGUAGCUGCUCCAGCUAUCUGUACAAAAAUGUAGGUCCUCCUUUGUUGCUGUAAUAUUACAAUGCUUUGUUAAUUGUACAUUAAUGUUGUCAUUUAUGUAAAUGUACCAGGAUUUUAUUAACAAUGUAAUUUUAAAAAACAUAGCUGCUGUUAUUUAUUCCGCUUCUCUAACAAUGAGAAAACCACAUUUAAAAACUUCUGUGGAAAAGGUACUUGCAGUUUUACCAUCCUAUAUUGCUUUGGUAUAUGUACCUCAUAUUAUGCUUUAAAGCAAGGGAUAAAGAGGCAUUUA